AUAGCAUUUAUGCAAGUUAGUUCUAUCCAGUAACAAUGCCUUUACGCGACGCCAGUUCGAACCAGCUACUGGAUUACUCCAGGAAACAAGGCGACCAGAGAGAGUCCAUCACAACGUCCGGAGGAAACCCCGUACCGGAGAAAGACGCCAGCCUCACAGUGGGCUACCACGGCCCCAUUUUGCUCCAAGACUGGGUCCUCAUCGACGAGCUGGCCCAUUUCAGUAGAGAAAGAAUACCAGAACGCGUGGUACACGCCAAAGGAGCAGGAGCUUUUGGUUACUUCGAGGUCACCCACGAUAUCACCAAGUACACAGCUGCAAAAGUCUUCUCCGAGAUCGGCAAGAAGACUCCCAUUGUGGUCAGAUUUUCGCAGGUGGCUGGGGAAAUGGGCUCGGCUGACACGCUUCGGGAUUUCCGCGGGUUCGCUUUGAAGUUCUACACGGAGGACGGUAUUUGGGAUUUGGUGGGCAACAAUUUCCCGGUGUUCUUCAUCAGAGACUGCGCUUUGUUUCCCAAUUUCAUCCACGUGUUGAAGAGGAACCCCAGCACUCACAUCCGACCGGACUACGACAUGUUCUGGGACUUCAUUUCGUUGAGAGAGGAAUCCAUGCAUGCUGUUUUGAUGAUGUUCGCUGAUAGAGGAAUACCGGCUAGUUACAGGCAAAUGCACGGAUAUGGCGUCAACACUUUCGCCUUCGUUAACAACCAAGGAAAAUUCUUCUACUGCAAAUUCCACUACCUCACCGACCAAGGAAUCGCUAAUUUAACGUCGGAUUUGGGCAACAAAAUCAACGGAACCGAUCCGGAUUACCUCAUCAGGGACUUGUACAACGCGAUAGAAACCGGUAACUACCCUUCGUGGACUAUGUAUGUUCAAAUCAUGACCCCCGAGCAGGUCUCGAAGCUCUCCUACGAUCCCUUCGAUGAUUCAAAAGUCUGGCUUCACGCCGAGUUCCCUCUCAUACCAAUCGGCCGGUUCGUUUUGAACAAAAACCCCAAGAGCUACUUCGCAGAAGUCGAACAACUCGCCUUCGACGUCGCCCAUCUCAUACCAGGCAUCGAACCGUCUCCGGAUAGGAUGCUGCAAGGUCGAUUGUUCAAUUACGGGGAUACCCACAGGUACCGGUUGGGCAUCAACAACACCCAAUUGCCGGUGAACAGCCCGUUUAGAGUCAACAAUUACCAAAGAGAUGGGCAGGGGGCGUUGCAGAGCCAGAAUGGAGCGCCUGUUUACCAUCCGAACAGCUUCAAAGGUCCGGAGGAAGAGUCUAGAGCUAAGGCUCUAUCGCCAAUUUGGCCUCUUGUGGGGGAUGCCCAGAGGAUAGAUAGCGGACAUGAUGAUAACUACACACAAGCCAGAUUGUUGUACAAGAGGGUGCUGAAACCGGCCGAACGCGGUAGAUUGGUGGAUAAUAUAGUGAGCUGGUUGAAGAAUGCUAAUGGUGUGAUUCAAGAGAGGCAAAUCGCGAAUUUCGCUAAAGUCGAUGAGGAUUUCGCCAAGAGAAUCAAGGAGGAGAUAAAUGCUGGUAGUCACCCUCAAGUAAAUCUGUAGGGAAAUGAUAUUUGCACGAGAAGCUUGGUUAUUUGGAAU